AGGGACUCAGAGUGAGAGAGAGGGAGAGAGAAAAAAGGUUCUUCCCUGCACCCCCCCCCCACCUUCUCGCAAUAACACAACAGCAAAUUGUCAGAGGCGAUGGAUUCCAGGACCAAGCGACCCAGAAAUACAAUAAUGUCAACGUUUGCAAAAACGAUCAAAGUUCGCAGGAGGAAAGAGCUGUUCCUGUAUCAGGUCGGCGUUUCUUGCAGCAUCCUCUUCCUGGCGUGGUGCUUGUGCAGCCUGUUAUCCAGACUCGAGUACGGGAUGGCCACUGGAAACCAAGCCACACUGGAUCGAAAGUGGUGGAACAGGAAGUUAAUGGUGGCGGUGACAGCGAACGAUACUCAAGCGAAGAACUGCACUGAUCCAGCUAUCCGUGAAUUUCCAAGUGAUCUUUUUACCAAUAAGGAGAGACAACAAGGAGGAGUAUUACUUCAUAUAGCAGGAGCUGUCUAUAUGUUUUAUGCACUGGCAAUAGUUUGUGAUGAUUUCUUCGUUCCCGCCUUAGAAAAAAUAUGUGAGAGAUUACAUUUGAGUGAAGAUGUAGCAGGUGCCACAUUCAUGGCAGCUGGAAGCUCAGCGCCCGAACUGUUUGCUUCUGUUAUUGGUGUCUUUAUCACCCAUGGAGAUGUCGGCAUUGGAACUAUUGUUGGUUCAGCAGUAUUUAACAUACUCUGUAUCAUUGGCGUCUGUGGGAUAUUUGGAGGGCAGAUCGUAUACCUGACACAGUGGUCGGUGUUUAGGGAUUCAUUAUACUACACCAUAUCAGUGAUCCUACUUAUUGUGUUUAUCUAUGAUGAGAAAAUUGAAUGGUGGGAAGGCCUUCUCCUGAUUAUAAUGUACGCAGGCUAUAUACUUGUGAUGAAGUUCAAUACCAAGAUACAGGAUUGUUUCGUGAGCAAGCUAACAAAGAAUGUUUCAAAUGGCAAUGUGAUCGGCAAUGAACUGGAGGAUGGUAAUGUUGCCUAUCCUAAUGUUUGUGAUGACCCAUUACUCCCAUUGUUAACUCAAGUUCAAUCUACCAAUGGUGUGGACAAGGAAGUCUGUGCAGCUGAGAAAUGUGACAACAUCGAAAAUGGAAACAUUCCUCUGGAUAAAACUACAAAAGAAGGCAGACCCGAGAAUGAAAAUGAACCUGAGUUCACAUCACCAUUCUCUCCACCAGGGGGAUGCUUGAAUAAGAUGAAAUGGUUGAGUUCAUGGCCAGUACUGUUCGUGCUGUUCUUCACAGUCCCUAACUGUGCGAAGCCUCGCUGGGAGAAUUUCUUCAUGCUAACCUUUUUCAUGUCCACCAUCUGGAUUGCAGUCUUUUCUUAUUUAAUGGUGUGGAUGGUAACUGUAACAGGGUAUACACUUGGGAUCCCGGAUAUUAUCAUGGGACUAACAUUUCUGGCAGCAGGAACAAGUGUUCCAGAUUGUAUGGCUAGUUUAAUCGUGGCCAGGCAAGGGAUGGGUGAUAUGGCAGUGUCGAAUACAGUAGGAAGCAAUGUCUUUGACAUUCUUGUAGGCCUAGGUCUCCCAUGGGGUCUUCAGACAAUAGUUAUUAACACUGGCUCUGUUGUGCACAUCAAUAGCAGAGGUCUUGUUUAUUCUGUUAUACUUCUUUUAGGAUCCGUAGCACUCACAGUGGCUGGUAUCCAUGUGAAUGGAUGGAAACUGGAUAAAAAGCUUGGUAUUUAUGUGCUCGUCCUCUACGCUAUCUUCUUAUGUUUCUCAAUAAUGAUCGAAUUCAAUGUGUUUACCUUUGUCAACCUGCCAAUGUGCCAAGACAGCAUUUAAGCAGAUUGGACAGCAACUGGAGAUCAUCGGACAGAAUUUUUUCUCUGGCUGUUCUUGCACUUCCUUCUUUCAUGCAUAAAGAAUGGUUUGUGACUGUUUUGGAAGUUUAAUGAGCUUUUACCCCACAGAGCCAAAGCUAACAUUUGGAACAAAAAAAGCCUGCUGACUGUUUGGUGUGUAUUGAAGUCCAAUAAGGAGUUCUGGCUCCCUCGUGUGGAGCUUUUAAGAAGUACACCUGUAAAUUAUUGACGUCUGCAACAUCCGGAGGAGAGCUUCAUCUGGAUUUCCUGUUCGUUUUAUAGCCUCCUGCUUGUGCACCCAAGCACAAAGUUAUAAUGUAUUUAUUAAACAGCAAGAGUGCUACAAAUCACUUUAUUUUUCAAGAGACUUCACCACAUGUGUUUUGUGUGGGAACGAAUAUAGUAGGCAGACCUUUCUGACCUAAUUUUUAAUAGGCCACAAUCUGUGUGGAAGAUUGUCUGUGUUCGGUAAUUUAAAGAGUAUAUAUUGGAAUUGUAUGGACUUGAACAAGAUUAUUUGUAUAUUUGGUGAUAGUAAUUCAAUAAUGAAGGAAAAUGCUAAUGCUAUUGUACAUUUUAAUAACAAAGUAUAUAUCCUGAUUUUAAGUUUAAAUUUUGAUUCGUAUGUAUUUUGAUAUUAUGUUAUAUAUACAUAUACAUAUAUAGAGAGAGCAUACUAAAGACAGAGUUUCUUUUAUCAAAAGAAGAACUUUGUGUACACAUUUUUAAACAUUUAAUUCAUUUGUUCCAGUUAUGAUGGACAUGGAUGAAUUUAUUCUUGGACUGAAUUGUAAAGUGCAAUAUAGUUCCAACAUCAAUUUUAUGAUAUUUUGGCAAUAUAAAUAGUAUGUUACUCUCACUGCCAUACAUAACAAGAAUCUGAAUAGAACUGUUUGAUAUUUUUAACAUGUCUUUCAUUACAGCCUUGGAAAGCUAAAGAAAAGGGAUGUUAACCCUUUAAUUUGUAUAUUUUCACAUUUAUUGGUUGCUUUUUGAAUGAAAGGCAAUGGGCAAAGAACAGAUGGCUCUUUCGUGCAAAUAAUAGCAACGGGGUUUAGUUAUAUGUUGUUUAGUAACAUCUUUGAAAACAUCUUUUAAAGGAAUUUCUUGUUUCUAUUAUUAACUUUGGGCAUAUAUUUACACUUUUUAAUGUAAGACUAGUAAUGGCUUUUUAAAAAAAAUCUCUGGCAAAUCUGCAUUUUGCUUUUAGUAAGCUUUGAACUAAAUAGCAAUCCUGGAAAAUGAUAAAUGAACAGACAUAUUUAAACGUAUGUAUAGACUUAAUUGUUCACUCCACAAAACUAUGUAUUACACAGAAAGGAAUAUCUGAAAAUAACUUCCCUGUCAGUGACUAACUUACUGCUGAGCUGCUUUGCAUGCUUCUUACAUGAGCAGGAGAUCUUCAAAACAAAAGCCCAGAUUUUCUUCCACAAAUCAGGAACAUUCCCGUUUCCAUAAAACAUUCUUAUUGAAAUGGAUGCCCAGACAAUGGAUUUUAGGUCUAUUGAGCAGGCUAUGUUAGAAGUGAGGCUGGGCAACCCUGGAGAGGGACUGGAAGCUGCCAGGUUCAGAGAUGGCUUGUGUAGAAGGCCUGAAUUUGUGCAAUGACACUCCUCAGCCCUCACACCCUCUCACUUCUUCAUUCAAAUAUGCACCAUGCUAACCCGUGCCACUUCAUGGCUUGUACUACCACCAUAGCACCCAUACCCUGCCUGCCAGCCUUUAUCCCUACAACCACCUCCAUUGCUCUUUACAACAUCCAUGAUAACUUGAUGCCAGCUCAUACUCCUCACUCACUAUGCUACAUCUAUUGUGUCAAUUCACCUGGUAUCCAGCAUGCUCAGAUCUCAGGAUUCAUCCAGAGAGGAGAUAAUAUUCUAAGAAUAUACUGCAGUCUUCACUAAAUUGAGAGAAACAUUCUCUUUUAUAAGAAUCCAUUCACAUUCUUUCAAUGCCAUAACAUCUUAUGGGGAUAAACAUUUUAGUCAUGAACUCAAUCCUGUAGAAGCAGUGGAAUUCAUUUAAAAUGUCGAUAUCUAUUUGCAGCUGUCAAUCACACCGUAAAGUGGCAGACACCCUCCUGUCAUGAUGGAUAGUUGUAAAAUCACUAAUGCAGCAAUUACUGGAAGUCCGCAGGCUGAUGUCAACAGACGUAAAUAACAAGCAAUGUUCUCUAAAGACUCUAAAUCAUUUUUCAAAGUUUAAAUGACAGGACUUUUAGUUGCCAUUAACAGCUUGAAAGCUUUCUUUGAAAGUUGAUCUUGACAGGUAUUGUCCCGUUGAUAGGCCGUGCCAACAUUUUAAGAGGUCUUUUUCACAGGCCCUCUUGCCACUUUUAACAUAUCGUCUUUACAGCUGAUUCAGAGAGUUUUAUGUAUCUUUGUGCACAUUCAUGCCUACAUUUAACCAUUCAAAACAGCACCUUACCUUCUCCAAAAGUUAUUGAACUUCCUCUAGGUGUCACCUUACCUCAAAAAAAGGACAUCUGCCCAUUCUAGGACAAUACCCUAAGCUACCCGACCUUUCCAAAAAGAUACCUGGGAUAGGGUGUGCAACUUAGCUCUGCACUGAGGGGAUUUCGUUUCGUACUCCGAAGACUGUAAACCUUUGGAAUUCUCUACCACAGGGGACUACAGAGGCUCUGUCUUUGAGUAUGUUUAAGAUAGAUAUUGGUAGAUUUAUGAUUAAUGGUGGUGUAUAGGAUUAUGGGGAAGGGUGAGUGAGGGUAUUGAAGCAUUUAAUUAGCCACAAUCAUAUUGAAUGGCAGAGUAGGUUCAAAGAGCUGAAUGGCAUACUUGUGUUCCUGUGUUCCCAUUCUGAGGAGUGCAUAGAGCUGAGAUCUGCUCUAAUCAGGCAUGGUUUGCAAAGGUUUUAUGCUCCUGAGCGAUGAAAGGCACACAGGAGUGGAAACAGCUGAUGAUUGACUUGGCCAGCUGCCUCUGUGCAUGUAUAAGUGCCAACUUGACUUUUUCCCCUCUCCUUGGAAAAGGGACGUGCCAUGUUUGGAGGGCAGGACUUGAAAUUUCUGAGUGCGUCCACCAUUUUCAACACAAUGGAGUGCCUGUCAUGGUGAAAAUACAGGGCAAAGUGUCACAUUUUGACCUACUGUGACCAGUUUGAAUCGAGCCUAUUGUCUACUGUUUGCAAAUGCACACACAUUCUUCCUUUAAAGGGAUUCCGGUGGGCAGGGUGGUGGGGAUGUUCCACACAUAAUCCAAUACUAUUUUAUUGUGAAUGCAACCUAGCAUUCACAUUUUUGACACUAUUUUGAUGGUAUCAUGGCAAUAAAAAGGCUGUGCUCAAAAACUGAAUGUUUGCACACUGAGCCGCCAAUCAAAACUUUUCAAUUUUUAGUUUUAUUGAGUCAGUCUCUAUGAGUCCUUCCUGUUUGAGAGCACAACGGGUUGUUGAACUGUAGUUACACCUACUGAGUUUCUUUACCAGCCCAGGGAUGGACAAACAAUGCACACAGUAUGAUACAGAGAAAACUGCACAGUUCCAGUGUUAUAAAUGAGCAUUUCACUGUGUACAGGUCCCAAAGGUUCUGUCUAAAAAGACAUCUUCAGAUGAUGCACAUAAUUCUUACCAACCUGCUAUUGUAAGCAAGUUGAAAAAUGCUGCAAUACAAUGUUAGCAUAAUUGGAUUAUCAUAGUCAUUGAAAUAGUUCCCAAUGAUUAAUGGAUAAAUGGGUUGCAUACUCUGGUAUGGACCCCAAUAAGCUAUAGAAGCCCCAGAUAAUUGAUUCUUAAGUUAUUGGUCAAUCUCAAAUGACGCAACCAAAUUACCAUUUCAUUCCUCAACUCUGAAGGAAUAAGUAAAUCAUUCCGGUUCCCCUGCUGAUUACUGUGCUGCAAUCUUUGUUAUAAGGUGUGUCAGUGUUUCCACCCAGCUCUGACAUUGUGUCAUGGUAAACUCUACAGUCUUGCUGCUUGAAGUCAGAUCAGACUAUGAUUCAGGGCCGGAGGACUUUUCACACUAAUGGUACUAUCCCCAGCAUGUGUUCAUGCCGUCAGGAAAGAAAAUUCCCCAUGAAACUAAUGUUGAGUUUUCCACUUGAUUGACUGAUUUAUUGUCACGUGUACUGGAGUACAGUGAAAAGCAUUGUUUAUGAGCAGCACAGGCAGUCCAUGGUAUGUAUGGGUGUACAGAUCAAAGCUUGUAAAAAACUGAGACAGAGGCAUACAGGUUACAUCGCACACAUGAUGCGGAGAUGAUGGCCUAGUAGUAUUAUCAUUGGACCCAGAUAAUGUUUUGGGGCCCUGGUUCGAAUCCUGACAGGGCAGAUGGUGGAAUUUGAAUUCAAUAGAUGCCUGGAAUUAAGAAUCUAAUGAUGACCAUGAAUCCAUUGCUGAUUGUCGGGAAAAACAACCCAUCUGGUUCACCAAUGUUCUUUAGGGAAGGAAACUGCCAUCCUUACCUGGUCUGGCCUAUAUGUGACUCUAGAUCCACAGAAAUGUGGUUGACCUUCAGCUGCUCUCUGGGCAAUUAGGUAUGCGCAAUAAAUGUUGCCUAACCAGCAACGCCCUCUUCUUGUGAAUGAAUACAAAAUAAAGAAAAAAAGGGUGUGUGCUAGAUGAGAUCAACGAUAGCAAGAUCAGUGUUAUUUGAGGCUAGAAAGUCCGUUCAACAGUCUGAUAACAGCUGGGGGAGAAGCUGUUUCUGAACCUGCUGUGGCAUGUAUUCAGGCUUCAGCAUCUUCUGCCUGAUGGAAGAGGUUGUAGGAGAUCAUUACCAGGGUGUGAUGGGUCUUUGAUGAUGUUGACAGCGUUUCUGCAGCAGCAAGCUAUGUAAAUGGAUUCCCUGGAUGGAAGGUUGGCUUUCAUGGUGGACUGGGCUGUGCACACAACCUUCUGCAGUUUCUUACAGUCCUGGGCAGAGCAGUUGUGAUACCAGGCCAUUAUACAACUGGACAGUAUGCUUUUCAUGGUACAAUUGUAGAAGUUGGUCAAGGACCUUAUGGACAUGCUAAAUUUCCUGAGCCACCUAAGGAUGAAGAGGCAUGGUUGUGCCUUCUUGACUGUCACAUCUAGGUCGGAAGUCCUGGACAGGUUGUCGGUUAUCAUCACUCUGAGGAACUUGAUGCUCUCCACCCACUCAACGUCAAUUCCAUUGAUGUAGGUUGGAGCGUGUUCUCCUCCUCUUUCUGAAGUUGACAAUCAGUUCUUUAGUUUUGCUGACGGUGUACUUCCAGCACAAGGUAAAAUCCUGUGAAUACUGGAAAUCUGAAGCAUGAACAGAAAAUGCUGGAAAAGUGCUCAUCAGAUCAGGCAGCAUCAACGGAGAAUGAAACAGAGUUAACAUUUUGGGUCUGUGGUCUUUCAUUAGAAUUGGAGACAGUUUGAAAUGGGCUAAUAAAUUCCUCUAAAUAAAAGCUGUUGCUGUAGAUGUAUGCAAGGCCCUUGCUAAGCCUGCAUUUGCAAUAUGCAGAACAUCAUUUGCUCUAGCCUUUCUUUUUCCAAAUUGUUGAUGACUCUAUCAGUGGUAUUACCUUGCCCUCAACUGAGAAAUUGAAUUGACUUUGCUUACGAUUUCCUCCCUUUGCCCACCUUCUCAUAAUCCAUCACCAACUCUUCUUUUCCAUAACAUAUGCUUCCGGUCUGCACGUCUGGGAAUGACCAUUGAGUACUAUUCAGUGGGCUGGACACUGCAAGGAUUUGAAGGCAGUGGGACGUAAUUAAGCCCAGUAAGUGGCCUGUCUACUGUCUGCCUGCUUAUGCCUACCACAUUGCAAAUAUAUUCGUGGCACGGGGCCAACUGCUUCCCAGGAAGGCAAAUGCGGCCCUGGAGUGGACAAUUGACUCCCACUUAACAGCCUUAUCCCCCUGCCCUUGGAAUUGAAGUGGCUGCGGAAAGGUCCAUCUCAAGUCCCCAGCCCAGCAGAUGUCCUUGCUCAGUAUUUUAGUGGGGUGGGAGUGUCAAUGAGAUGCAGAACCUUCCUUAUUGGGCCCCCUGAACUAAUCAGAAAUUCUCUCUUUCCCUUCUUUUUUCUCUCUAUUCAUUUGUGGGAUGUGGGCAGUGCUGGAUGGUCAGCAUUUCUUGCCCAUCCCUACUUGCCCUUGAGAAGGAGGUGGUGAGCUGCCUUCUUGAACAGCUGCAGUCCUCCUUCUGUGGGUUGAUCCACAAUGCCCUUAGGGAGGGAAUUCCAGGACUUUGACCCAGCGUCAGCCAAGGAACGGCAAAAUAUUUCCAAGUCAGAAUGGCGAGUGACUUGGAGGGGAACUUGGAGGUGGGGGUGUUCCCAUCUGUCUGCUGCCUUUGACUUCUAGAUGGAAGUGAUCAAGGGUUUGGAAAGUGCUGUCUAAGGAUCUUUGGUGAGCUUCUGCAGUGCAUGUUGUAGGUAAUACUACUGCUACUGAGCAUCAGUGGUGGAGUGAGUGUUGGUGGAUGUAAUGCCAAUCAAGUGGCUGCUUCAUCCUGGAUGGUGCCAAGCUUCUUAAGUGUUAUUGGGGCUGCACUCAUCCAGGCAAGUGGGGGAGUAUUCCGCCACACUCCUGAUUUGUGCCUUGUGGACAGGCUUUGAGGAGUCAUGAGGUGAAUUACUCACUGUUGUAUUCCCUUCUACGAUGUCUCUCCCCAGAACCACCCCCUUUCCCCUUUCACUACAACCAUGGCAGCACAGUGGCUCAGUUGUUAGCACUGCUGCCUCACAGGGCUAGGGUUCCGGGUUCAAUUCUACCCUCAGGUGGCUGUCAAUGCAGAGUUUACAUAUCCUCCCCAUGCCUGCAUGGGUUUCCUCCAGGUGCUCUGGUUUCCUCCCAUAGUCCAAUGAUGUGCAGGCGAGGUUGAUUUACCAUGCUAAAUUGCCCAAAGUAUCAAGGAUGUGCAGGCGAGGUAGAUUAGCCAUAGUAAAUGCAGGGUUUUGGGAUAGGGGAUGGGUCGGAUUUGGGUGGGAUGCUCAUCUGGGUCAGUGUGGACACAGUGGGCUGAAUGGCUUGCUUCCACAGUGUAGGGAUUCUUUUGUCUCUAAAGCCCUAGUCCCCUGCCCCCUUCACAGUGGCCUGCCAAGUUAGCACCCAACAAGCCCCCUACCCAAACAUUGACUCAGAUCCUAAUCUGGCCCGAGAUUGACUGGCAACUCUCUGAGCCGGACCUUCCUAUUUCUGACAGAUGUAAAUCCCAUCUCCAAACUAUUAGAAAUGCUCAAUUGACCAUUAAAUGGCUCUGAGACAACUGCUGUUCCACUCAGCAUUUCCCAGCAACCUCCAACCUUUAAGUUGACAGAGCUGGAAAUCUGAUACCUCAUAUACUUCACACUUUAAGAACCAAUUGACACCCACAAUUACUUCGACAACACUUCUUCACAGCCUGUUUUCUGUAAAGAUGGCUUAUUCCAUUCCCCCAGUUUCUCCAUCUGUUCUGAUUCUAUAACCUAGAUUCUAACACCUCUAUUUUCCUCUUUCUUCAACUGAAGAUACCACAUCACCUUGAUUAACAGGACUCUCAAACUCAUUUGUUCCAUUUCACCUAUUUCUGUUCUCACACUUUCAGCCUCUGUCUGAGACCCAUGAUAGUGUUCCCCUUGAUCCAAUCUUCUACACCAUCAACUUUUAUAUUAAUGGCCAUUUCAUCCACAUCCAGUAUGAUGCCUCCACAAAACACAUCUUUCCCUUCCCUCCACUUUCAGCAUCCUGAUAGAGCUGUGACCUUUGUGAUACACUAACUCACUGCUCAAUCGCCUUUCCACACUCCCUCUCCUUCGCUGGGCACCUUUCCAAUGUAAUGCACAGGAAAUGGAACACCUGCUCUUUCUUGCAUCCUCUCUCCAAAUCGUUCAAAGACACAAAUGCUCCUUCCAGGUGAAGCAGUGAUUUACACAUGCUUUUGUUUUUCCAGCUAAGUAUAUGGUAUUCUCUGAUCUCAAUGAAGUUUCCUCGACAUUAGGGAAACAAAUGCCCACUGGGUAGCCAUUUAGUUUUUUUGUUCAGCCCAUACCUAUUACCCUGAGCUCUAUUAGCCUAUCAUUUCAAUUCUCCUACUCUGACCUUUCUGUCCUCGAUCUGCUCAAAUUUGGCUCAACACUAGCUUAAUGAACAUCAUCUCAUCGUUCACCUGGGCUCUUGACUAAUUUUAGGACUCAAAGAAUUUGGCAAUUUUAUAUCAUAACCUCUGUACCAUUUUAUUUCCUUUUUCCAUUUUUGAUCAUUUUUCCUCUUUCAUUUUUUUUUCCUUUUUUGCCACUUUUCAACAUCUUGUCAUUUACACCUUCUCAAGAUGCAAUUUUUGUUCCUGUAUGUCUCCCAUUGCCACUCACUUUGGUUUGUACAUGAACCCUUUUAAUCUCUUCACCCUGUCACAGCCAUUUCCCUUAUGGUCUUUUUCUCACCAUCUCCCAUUCUACUUGCUGAUUAACCUGCGUAAUUUCUGAUGUUUUCAUUUCCAAUGAAAAAGAAGUUUCGAUCCGAAACAUUAACUCUUCCCUUUUCUUGGAUGCUACCAGAUGCUAUUGCGUAUUUUCAGCAACUUUCUGUUUCGAUUUCAACAUCUUGUGCUGUUUUGUAGAAAUGCUGAUCUGGGUGUUACAUAAGUUGUCAGUCAUCAGUGGGUUGAUAAGUUUGAUGUGUUCAUGUCACAGCUUGCAAGAUCAAUGCCAGAUCAUGAAUCGUUGAGAUAGGGAACAAUCCUGUGAUGUGUUAACAUAGGGUACAUUGAAAUGAUAGCAUUGACUGGUAAAUUCAGGGCAGCAUGGAGACAUAGGAUGGUAAGAUAUGGUUUGAGGCCUUGUGAUUGCUGACUUGACAAAUACCUGAUUAUAACAGUGAUAUUACAGUGAAGUAAUGCAUGCUUCUCAGUUCCCUACAAUGAAAAAGAGAAAAUCUAAGGAAGGAUGAUCCAAUGACUUGCACAGACAUCACAGUUGGAGUUGGUGAAAAUGGCUGUUUGUUGGGACCACACAAAAGGCAGGGGAAGGACAUAUAAUUAGUUCAAGUUUAAACAAAACACAAAAUAAAAACACAAAAUGGUUCCAGGACUCAUUCUUUUGAGGUCAUUCUUCAGUCCGCCCUGCAACAUCCAAACCAUCCUACCAGAGGAGAAAGUGGGCCCACACACAAUUGGAAAUGAAUCAGAACAACAGUUACAGACUGAUGGACACAGCAGGUGGCACUGCACAUAACUGCAGGCAUGCUCCAUUCUCACAGGAGAAAGCAAACUGUUUCUAUAGAAACCAAUAACCCUCCCAAUGUGAACGAACCCAGACCAAAAUUAUUUUUUUUUUUGGUUGCAACAUUGCAACAUGCAGCUCACAACCAAAUUAGAAGUCUGCAAUGUGAAAUUGAUUCAUUAAGUACAUUCUAUUUACAUUGGCUGUUAUGAUUAAUCCAUCAUGGAUACACCCUUCUCCCAAAAUCAUUGUGAAUUGGAUUUAACAAAUCUUUAGGAACUUUAUUGAAAACAUCAUGUUAAAAUCAGAAAUGUUUAUUUUUAAUUCUUUGUUUUUGGGAUAUGAGUGGCACUGGUAAAUUGGUAUUAACUGCCCAACCAUUGGUGUCCUUGACAAAAGAAGAAUGAGCCAUAUAGAAUUAGAGUGAAUAUACCAGGCAAGUGGAGGAAGCAGAUCUGCUUUCCUCAGAUACUGCAGUCAACUACUUGGGUUUUUUUCAGCGAACGGAAAGAUGGCCCCAAAAAAAUCAAGAAAUCAAUAGCACAGCUAAAUUUAAGUGGCUGUGUGAGUGAGCUUGUGUAAAGAGAGAGUGGCACCUUUUUACAUAAAUAUCAUAGACUGUCUUAAUUAGUUUUGCACUGUUGUAUUCAAGCUGCCUGAUUUGAUUUCUCAAGCUCACAUCACUAAUGACACCGCUGUUGAAAUCAGUGACGGGCUCAGUGAGAACAAGUGAGCUGGGUGGAGAUACGAUUUCAAUGUAAUGAAGGUCUUCUCUCUACAAAUGAAGUUUCAAGGUUAUAUUAUGAGAUUCACAAAAUGUAAAGUUUUAUAAUUAGUAGAGGAUUAUAUUUAAGCUGCUAUGAUCAAGGAGCUGAUGAUUAUAUUGUUGAAAUGGGAUCAGGUGUAGAAAGAGAAAUAGUAUUUUUCUGGCAUGUGCUCUUACUUUAUUUGGGGUUUGAUAUUUUCAGUAAGAUCUGUAAAGGAGAUUUUAUUAAAAGCUUGUUAUAUAAGGCACUGGAUAUUUUAUUAGGUUUUUUUUAAAGAAUUCAUGGAUUCUGCACUGUUGCUGAAGUUUCCAAAGCCAAUUUUGCUCAAGAUGUUAUGUGCUGAGAAAGGAUCAUACUACUUGUGUUCCCUUGACAGAUGCUGUCAGGCCUGCUGAGUGUCUCCAGAACAUUCUGUUAUUGUUUUGAAUUUUAAACAUCUUUAAUAUUUUAUUAUUCAUUUACUGUAUGGUAUAUAUUGUCUUAUUUAGAUUUCAUUGUCAUCCAUGCAAGGCCUAUAAAACUCUGGUGUUUGUUGCAAGUACUGAAUAUAACAUGAAUUUAUCCAACUUUUCAUUAAAAACUGACAAGUAAAAUGAAACUAGUAAUUUAUUUUGUAAAUCUCACAUAUGUAUUCACCAUUGAUAUCAAUGAUGAAACCACUGUUCUCCUGCUUUGAGUCUCUCAAUCACAGCUGAGGACUUUAUCCUUCUUGCACAGAAUAUAUGAAUGCUGAAUUCCUCAUUCAACACUCAUUCUAAUCACUUAGAAAAAAUAGGAUUGCAACUUCUCCCACUCGCUUGAACCAUAAAUUAGCCACUUCCUCAUGGUAAACUCUAAAUUGUACAGUUAAAUUUGAAUCAAACAGUAUCUCAUCUUUCAGGCACUACAAAAAUCCAUGUUGUUUCCCAGUUUAUAGCAACUUGCUUAGACUGGCUCAAAGUACCAUUUGAUAGGAGCCUUAUUCUGACUCCUAAACGCUGCAUGGUUAAAUACUUCAGAACACAUUGACUGAGACCAGACCUUAAAACAGUUCCCUCUCAAUGGGGAGUAAUACUAUAUAUGUACAAAAUGUAAGAAAUAUCUAGUUAUAACAUACUCAGAGGUAGGGAGUAUUGCCAAUGCUGAAGUCAGAGAUAACACUGUGUGGAGCUGGAGGAGCACAAUAGGCCAGGCAGCAUCAGAGGAGCAGGAAAGUUGACAUUUUGGGUCAGGACUCUUCUUCAGAAAAUCACAGCUGCCUAGCCUGCUGUGUUCCCCAGCUCUACCCUGUGUUAUCUCUGGUAAUAAUGUGUUGGCUUAAGCAAAAUUAUUCAUCGUACAUCUCUCAAUUUCUAUUUAAAUGCGAAAUGAUGGAUGGAAAACAACUUUUAAACAACUUGUUUUUUGAAAUGGGAUGCUGAAAGUUUGAUUAAAGUUGAAAAAUUGCUCAUUGUCAUAAAAUAAUUCCACUGCUAUUUUAAUGUCCAUGAUCAGUUUAAUAUUUUAGACCCUUACAGUUUUCAAGGCUACCAUUAAAGCAAUCCUUGUAACUUUGUGCAGACUUUUAUUAGAAUUUUAUGUCAUUUUUAUCAGCAAUAGGCCAUUAACAGAUGUUGGGUUCAGGCUUGUAUUGAUGCUGCUAUUAUUCAGGAAUUAUAGGGACUAUUUGCCUCAACAGAUGCUUGUAUUUGACAAACUUUCAUUGGAAUAAUAUUGAACAUUGCAAAGACAUCAAUUUGCUACCAUUUGGAAACAUUGCCCCCAAUUCAGAAUAUAUCACUUUCAUAAAAUGUUAAUGUGGUGAAAGUGGGCAUGCUAUCUUCUGCCUUCUCUGUUUUUUGAACAGAAAGGUUAUCAAAUACUUUUUAAAAGACCAUUUAAAUUCACAAUCAUGCAGCUGUUGAAGAUGCAGUGUUUGAGCACAUGUUGUAGCCUUUGAGUCUUUGUGGAGGGGGCGUUGUUUCCAAAUUGAUUAAAACAAUCUCUGUGGUGUCUAGCUGUCGAGGUCAGUUUGGUUCAGUUGGUAGCACAGUUGUCUCUAAGCAAGAAUGUCGUGGGUUCAAACCCUACUGCAGGGCCUGAGUAGAUAUCUUGGCUGAUAAUUUCAUGCAGUGCUAGAGGAAUGUUUCUUAGUAAGGAAGGUGUUUCCUGGAUGAAGCAUGAGAGUUGGCUUUCCUGGGUUGACAGCUGUAUCCAGUUAUUCCUUGAGUACAUCAAAAUGUCAAAGUCAAGUUGAUUCCUUAAAGUGAUGCGCUUUUUCAAAAGCUGAGUUUUUCCAUAUUUGUGGCAUUGAUCCUGUCAUCUAGUUGCAAGAUCAGCAAAGUUUGCUACAUUAAAUUAAGGAUCAAACUGCUAACUCAAAACCAAUAGGCGUUUAUAUCAGCCAACAUUACCCUUUAACCAUAACAAGCAUUUAGUCAUUCAUUUCAUUUGCUGUUUGUGUGACCUUCUGUGUGCUCUUGUUCCGAGACAACAGUAAUGAGUCCAUUUACCGGAUGUGAAGCACUUUCGGGCUUGAUGAGCAGCUGUUCAAAUGCUGGUCAUUUCUUUAGUUCUGUUAAAUUUAUCUUUCACUCCAGAGCUAAUCUGAAAGGAUCUAAAAGAAAUAAAGAGCACAGGCCCAAUUCCAGUUCGGGAAUGCAACGUGUUGAUGUGAAUUGUGAUUAGUUGCUUUCUCUGGACUUGUGUACAGUUUAGAACUAAUCUCAAACUAUUUAGUAUCAUCUCCUCACACUUCUGAUUUCUAUAUUUAUCUCGAUAUUCUCUUAUAAAGAUGGCAAUAUCUUGUGUAAAUUGUAAAAGUCAUGCAAUAAAUAUUUAUUCAAAAGUAUAUUUAGAAUAUUGUAGAAUGAAUGUGACCUAAUGCACUGUGAAUGCCACUUGAUGUGAGUUCCUGUGUAUAAUCUGAGAUUAUAUUAUAUACAAAAUGUAAUUAUUUGAAUGUAUUAACUUGCUAUGACUGAUGGGUAUAACAGAAUGGAAACAUUCUGUUGUGUACAGAGCAACCUACAAAAAAAAUCCUUUAUCAAGCAAAUGCAUAUUGAUUUAUGAAUCCUUAAAUAAUAUUUGACAUGUAAUGGAGGGCGCAUCUUUAAAUAAAGUUUAUUAAUACA